GAACUUUGGGAACGUAUUUCAAGCCCUGCUGAUCUAAGUUCUGGAUCUGGUUUUCAUCAGUGGCAACCUUAAAUUAUGAGAGUCUGAAAAAUCAUUAUACAUCAUAUACCUCAUAUUUGGACUUUUAGUCAAAUUAAAUUUCAGCACCAUCUACUGUAACAAGUGAGUUAAUUCUAUGAUUGGUUUCUGAUUUUUUAGUCCUUCUGGCAAACUUGUACAGAUAGAGUAUGCCUUGGCUGCUGUUGCAGCUGGUGGACCUUCUGUUGGAAUAAAAGGUACAGUACAUGCAUGGGCUCGUAUCCCCAAUCAUACAGUGUUAGUAGAGCUCUAAUAGAUUUUCACCUCUUUCUCUGAUCUUCUUGAUGGCCAUCUUCCAUAAUCACUUGAAAAAGACAACUUCUGGAUGGCUGGUCAAAUUAACAAGUCACGGUUAACAGUAGAAGCCAGUCCCAUGUGAUUUUUGCCAUCUAUUCAUGGCUAUUUUGCAAAAUUCUGAUCCAAUAAGUUUCCUCCUUACAACAUAAAUGUCAAAGGAAAGGUAUUUUACUUUUAUAAUUACAUAAAAGUUUGUCUCAUUUAGCUACAAACGGAGUGGUACUUGCUGCAGAGAAGAAACAGAAAUCGAUAUUAUAUGAUGAUUCUACUAUUCACAAGGUAAUUACUUCUCUAAUGUGGAUACAAUACCUACUGUACAGUACCUAUCUAAUACAGACAUAUGUUUAAUUAGUCAUUUCCCAAAGGGACAAGAAAUAUGGCAGCUCACAUUUAAAUUAAAUGUUUAAUGUAAAAAGGAGAUAUUUCAUUUUUGGUUGUCUAAAAAAUUGAUAUUUGAUAGUAGAUACUUCUACUCUUUCACAUGUUUGACGCCUGUCACCAUAUAUUUUGUCCCUCCAAACGAUCCCAGAUUGCACUGUGUGACUGUGAUCUCUUUUGGGAAAAGGCUAAUAUGGAUACCUCUCUGGAUUAUGGACAGUGAUUUCCUUACAAGAGAAAAUAAUCGAAACAUGGUAUUGGUAGCAGUGAUUGCGAGGUUGCAGUCGUCAAUCGCUAUCACGUCGUUUCGUACUCCCGUCAUUCGCAUAUGUUAGAUAAAGUUUCAGACUUCAUACCAAGACCUUAAUAUGUCCCACGUGAAAUCAAUAAGAAGUAACGUGUUUCCAUUUUAGGUUGAGAUGAUUACAAAGAAUUCUGGUUUAGUGUAUAGCGGAAUGGGUCCUGACUGCAGGUAGAGCAAUAAAGUUUCUUGAAAAACUUAGAUUUGCAAUUUAUUAAUUUUACAAUCAUCUUGUUUGUAGACUGUUGGUGAGACGGGCGAGAAAAAUUGCCCAGCAGUAUUUUCUGGUUUAUCACGAACAAAUACCCACAUCACAGUUAGUUCAUAGGAUUGCGUCUGUAAUGCAAGAAUAUACACAGUCUGGGUAAGAAACACUAUUCACAAGUUUUGUAAGAUAAAUACAUGUAUGAAUGAUUUCUGGUCCCGAAUAGACCAAAAGUCCCGAAUAGACCAAAAACCAAUGCCCUCUCCCAGAACAAGGUUCGCAUAAAUCGGCUUACAGUACAUGAAACGAGCUUUAGGCAAAGAUUAUUUCCCUUGUACAUGAAAUUGCACAAAUGGUGGUAAAAUUAUUGUUACAGCGAGGGCCUUUGCUCCAAACGUCGAGAUUUCUUUUAUAUAACAAGAUAUUUUCAGGUAUAGCUACUGUAGAUCCUGUAACCCACUUCCAUGGUUGAGGUUGCUUGCAAGUUCACCCCACCUUCCAGUUACAUGUAUAAUUAUAUGUGUGAUAUGUUAACUUUGUUUCAGCGGCGUUCGUCCUUUUGGUGUAUCUCUUUUAAUGGCAGGCUGGGAUGAUGGAAAGCCAUAUCUUUUCCAGUGUGAUCCUUCGGUGAGUUAUCAAUCCCCUGUUUUCCCAUCAGAACAAAAUCAGAACCUUUUGCAAAUGGAUGGACCAAAUAACGGCGAAGGGUUUUAACACAUGCAAAUUUAUAACUUAGCGAAUGAUAAAAAGUCUAAAGACAUCGUUUUUCGCCUUAGUCUUUCUAAAACCGCUUGGCAAACCGGCGAAUUUCACGUCUUGUAUGUAAUGUUUAAGCAUUUUAGUCUAUACUACCGGUUUUUUUUUCAGAAAAAGAUUGAGUUUUAGCAUAGGAGAGCGCUCUCCACUUUCGGCACCAAACCCCCCACCCCCAGAAAAGGCUUGAUUUUGACGCUAUGAAAUAACAUUUCCCGCAUUUUGAGACAGCACUUGUGAGCAAAAAUAUAACCGUUUUUAAACAGAUUUGUAAUAGCGUUAUAAAACUUUAUAAAUGCAAACCUUUAUUUUCAUUUUGCCCUUGACUCUGAUCAUGACAUCUUUUGGGGAUGGAAAAAGAAUAAACAACGUUCAUGCACUUUUUUUCCUUUUACAAUUAUUCACAUUUGUCGCAAUUUCUUCAAAGUAUAUUGUGAAAAAUAUAAUUACAGACGAAAAUUGAGUUUCAAUGCUCAAUUGAAGGAUUCGGUUCUUACUACCGUAUACCGGUAGAAAAGUGCUUCUGUCAAUCUUUGCACGUCGGCAUUGCAAACUGCAACUUAUGAUCUCCCAAUUGCCCUUUAUAGCUUUUCUAUCCGAGAAGCCUUUGCCGUAACCACAUUUAAUUAUGUGAGCGUAAUUAUAAGUAUUUUUUAUAAUCAUUGUAGUUCAUAGUUCAGUAGUACCUCAUAUAUAAGAACGGCUGCAUAAUUUCUGCCCAAACGAAGAAUAUUAUAAACGGCUUUAGACAAUGAGGGCAUGAGGGCCACUUAUUUAGACAAUGAGGGCCAUGUUAUUUAGACAAUAGUACCUCAUAUAUAAGAACGGCUGCAUAAUUUCUGCCCAAACGAAGAAUAUUAUAAACGGCUUUAGACAAUGAGGGCAUGAGGGCCACUUAUUUAGACAUUAUAAACGGCUUUAGACAAUGAGGGCAUGAGGGCCACUUAUUUAGACAAUGAGGGCCAUUUAUUUAGACAAUCAGGGCCACUUAUUUAGAAAAUGAGGGCCACUUAUUUAGACAACGAGGGCCACUUAUUUAGAAAAUGAGGGCCACUUAUUUAGACAACGAGGGCCACUUAUUUAGACAACGAGGGCCACUUAUUUAGACAAUGAGGGCCACUUAUUUAGAAAAUGAGGGCCAUGCACUUAUUUAGACAAUGAGGGCCACUUAUUUAGACAAUGAGGGCCACUUAUUUAGACAACGAGGGCCACUUAUUUAGACAAUGAGGGCCACUUAUUUAGAAAAUGAGGGCCAUGCACUUAUUUAGACAAUGAGGGCCACUUAUUUAGACAAUGAGGGACACUUAUUUAGACAACGAGGGCCACUUUUAGACAAUGAGGGCCACUUAUUUAGGACAAUGAGGGCCACUGUAAACGGCAGUAGCUCACGCUGUCAUGUCGUACCCUCGGUAAAUAAAGUCAAUGAAAUGAAAAAAAAUAAUAUAUACAGCCUGACAAUUCAAGUUGAAUACCUGUGGAAAUAUUUCUACCUAUUCCAAACUUCUACUUAUUGCCGUCCAAUCGAAGCGCAUGACGUAUAUUUCUUUGUUCCUUGAGCAUAUCUGGGUGGAGCUUACGUUAGGAUACGGUUGAAGUGGAAAACGGCUUUAAUUGGGCAGAAACAAGAUAGUUGAAUAAUGUUGCGAUUUAAUAUAGGGAGCUUACUUCGCUUGGAAAGCCACUGCUAUGGGUAAAAACCAUCUAAAUGGAAGAACAUUUUUAGAAAAACGGUAAGUUUGGUUAAAGGACAUUGGCAACGAAAAUUUUUAUUGGCUAUUUCAAUCCUACUUGACAACCGAACUAUGAAAAUAUUACCAUUUCCGUCUUGAACAUUUUAGUCUACGAGUAAAAUGCAUGCAAACUUUGUGUUUCGGCCAGUUUCGCCGCCAUCUUGGAAAAUAUUUUUGAAAAAUUAUCUCGAAGGUCAAUGAACUUUGUGACGUCAUUGGCUGGGUAGCACCAAAACUACAAGCUAAAAAUAUGUCGUUUUGAGCGUUAUGCUGACCAACACUCUUCGCAAUCAAACAAGAGAAGUCUACACUAUCAGAUAAAAACAUAUCGAGCGACUGGGAAAGCAAGAAAUGGCGCAAUUUACAAUGCAGGUAAUUGAUCAUAAAAUAUUGCAUUAGUAUUUGCCUUGUUACACUCGAAUUUCUGCGCUUAUUUAACACGGAGUAGGAUGUAUACUAUGAGAAACAAGUUACAUACUUGGUAAAACUUUUCUGCCUUUUGUUUUGGCUCAAAAUGCACUACGUGUGGUAAUACACGGUAUUGUUUAUAGUUAUUAUGAGAUUGUGUUUACCCAGCCAAUGACGUCAGAUAAUGUAUUAGCAUACGCGCUUAUUUUCAAAAUGGCGGACAACUGUUCAAAUUUUCUGAAAUUCAAUCAAAUUUUCUCAGCAACUAAACGCGACAAACCGGCCAAAAUAUGAAAUUAAAUAUUCCGUAAGUAUACCUAAUAGAUAUAAGUAAUAAAAAUUUUGGUUGCCAGUGUCCUUUAAGGUAAAGUUGUUUAUUGAACACACCCUUUUGAUAAUUACGUCACACAUACUUUUUGAUCCCGGAGCCUCGCUCUCAUCAGUAAAUUACGCAAGGUGAUUGGCUCACGAUUCAUGAGAGCGAGGCUCCCAGGCCAAAUGACGUAAUUAUCGAAAGGGUGUAUUAUAGCCAAUAGGCCAUUUCCAAAUUAAGGUCGAAUGGCCACAAACUAAAGUUGUUUAUUGAACACACCCUUUUGAUAAUUACGUCACACAUACUUUUUGAUCCCGGAGCCUCGCUCUCAUCAGUAAAUUACGCAAGGUGAUUGGCUCACGAUUCAUGAGAGCGAGGCUCCCAGGCCAAAUGACGUAAUUAUCGAAAGGGUGUAUUAUAGCCAAUAGGCCAUUUCCAAAUUAAGGUCGAAUGGCCACAAACUAUUGGCUGAGAACGAGGCUUCGCGCUAAAUUGUGAUGUUUCUUUACUUUGUGUAAAUGUUAUUGUUGUUGACAAUUAGAGCGCAAUUCGGAAAUGGUCUGUUGUCUGGGUUUGUCGUGUAAAAUUGUCUGGCGUUGGACAGCGAAUUUUAAAGAGGGGUGCAUUGGAGCGCUCUGCCGCUUAAAGGAUUUGACUAAGUUCAAAUAAGAUCGGACGGUUUCGGACGUAUACAAAUUCGUCCGGAUGCAUUUGUUAACGCAGGAAUUCGUACCUUAAGCUUGUAUCAGUUCGACGGUUUCAUGCAUCCCGCCUGUGGGCUCGCGAAAUCGUCGAACUUUGAGGAUGGUUUCGACUUCAUCUUCGGCUCGUCCAUUUCAACCCUAUUGUAUUCUCUGCGUUUACGCUGUUUUUCGGUAAAAUAUGGUUGAAGUGGAAAACGGCCGCCCUACAGUCGUAACGGGAGGAAAUAAUUGAUGAAACGUUUUUCGUACUAAUUCGAUCAAUGUUAAUUCUAACGAAUUUAUAGAUUUACUCACGGAAAGCAUUAAAUUUACCGGGAUAACAUGCAGCCAAACCUCUUUCCAGCUCACUAUAUAUAGUAGGGAAAUCCUGUUAGAUUUCAUCCUAUUCCGUGUGAAUACAGAAUAAUUUGAUUUUUCUGUAUCCCUAGGUAUAAUGAUGAGUUGGAAUUAGAAGAUGCAAUACAUACAGCUAUAUUAACAUUAAAGGUAAAUAAGAUUUGUUUUAACACAUCAAGCUGGCCGCGAGUUGUUUUUGAGUUUUGCAAAGUUAGACUUGACAGUCGCACGUUUCACAAUAUUUCUAAGCAAGGGCGUAACUUUAAUAGGGCAUGUUUAUAUGGAGGCGAGUUGCCCGGCAAGGCGAGUUACUCGCCCAAGCGGGACAAACAAGCGCUCUGUUUCGGCAUUUGCCGCAUGUAUGAUUGUCACAGGCAUGGCAGGACGCCAAAAUGGCGCCAAAACACAAAAAGGAUUUAUAAGUCGUUUGAAACGUUACAAGACAUUACAAAGUGUUGUCAAAAUACAAGAAUAAGCGCCAAGAAAUUAAGGAAAACUCGUAUUUAUUUUUGAGCUAUUAUAUUUCAAAUGCAAAGCACAUACAUUCUAUCUCGGGCGGCCCGAGUUACCUGGGCAAAGUGUUUACAUGGUAAAUAUUCAUCUUGCCUAGGCGAUAUCCCGCCUCUUUCUGCCGGGAACUCGCCAAGGCGAGUUACUCGGCUGCAUCAUGUAAACAGUCACCCGGGAUUACUAUUAGUUUCUAUAACAGCUGGAAACUCGCCGUUGCCGAGUAACUCGCAUUGCCGGGUAACUCGCCUCCAUAUAAACAGGCCCUUAGUGUACUUUACGUUCAUUUGCCAUGUUUUGGAAGUCAAUGAUCUGAGUAUACGUACGUGCGUUGUUUUUUGCUAUAAUAAUUUAUAAACAUUGACAGUUUACUUGUUUGGAAAGCGUUGACACGCAUAAAUAAAUUGACAAUUCCUGCCCUUGAAUAGACACAAAUUCCGAGGUAUCCCGCCUGUACGUUUGAAGGGUUGAAAUAACUUCGCGGUUAUUGACUAUUGCGUUUGUUGUAUAAUAUAUAAAAACCGGUUUUCCACCAGCGCCGGAAUUUGUUUCGCGCGAAGCGGCGAAGUGAAAACGAAAUAUGUUGUCACAAACUGAAGAAAGGAAGGUACAAUUCAUCGAAAUAAUGCCAUCAUGCUUAUCUCAACCCAAACGAUUUCUGCUUGCCCAUUGUGGAAAUUUAUCUCGCCGACAAGAAUGAAAAAUUUUGGAAUCGUCAAACAAAAUCAUUGAACUGGACAUAAAAGUGUUAUACAUCGAGCUUGACUUAUACAGAGGAUCACAACUAACCAAUGAAAAGCGUUUGAAUUAAUGAACUAAAUCAUCCAAUGAUAACCCACGCUUUCUGGCCAAUCAUAUAAGCGAUCGAUUGUUCGCAAUCAAGCCAAUCAACGAUUUGUGUAGUUGUGUAUAUAAGGAGACGCGCCAAGCUUGAAUUCAUAGUCUCGUACAUUUGGUCGUGUUCAGCUGAAGACAAGAAACAAGAAAUUUCAAAGACUCUGUAGAAGAAAUGGCUCGUACAAAGCAAACUGCUCGCAAGUCAACUGGUGGAAAAGCACCAAGAAAGACCUUGGCAACGAAAGCUGCUCGAAAGAGUGCCCCAGCUACCGGUGGUGUGAAGAAACCUCACAGAUACAGGCCAGGAACUGUCGCUCUCCGAGAAAUCCGUCGUUAUCAGAAAUCCACAGAGCUUCUGAUCCGCAAGCUGCCUUUCCAACGUUUGGUUCGUGAGAUCGCACAAGAUUUCAAGACCGAUCUUCGAUUCCAAAGCUCGGCUGUGAUGGCCCUACAAGAAGCAAGCGAAGCCUACCUUGUUGGUCUGUUUGAAGACACGAACUUGUGUGCUAUCCACGCCAAGCGAGUGACCAUUAUGCCGAAAGAUAUCCAGCUGGCACGAAGAAUCCGCGGUGAACGAGCUUGAGUCAAGUCUACAGUUCAAACAAAAUAACGGCUCUUUUAAGAGCCAACAAAUUCUUCAAAAGAAUCAAACGAAAUCGAUCAUGUGUCGCUAGGGAGGUUGCUAUAGCUUACACAUUGCAUAAUCCAUGCAUAUUUGCAUUAAUAUUAUAUAGCUAUGAGUCAAUAUUGACUAACCAUGACGAGUGAAGCCAUAACAUUCAGUAGAAAAAUUUUAGUCUGAAAAUAUUCACAAGUUUUACAUUGUCAUUGCCAUGCGAUUCUGGCUACUUAUUGCGUAACUAAAGUUGUGAACUUUGCUGUUCGUGUUUGUAUAUUAUUGCAGCGAACUUGUCUAAACACAAUGGACCAUUUGCAUUAUAGACUAAAUUUUGAUCUAAACAAGUCUAGACAAAAAUUUCACCACAGCUUGAAAGAGCAACACAAAAUUAGUAAUAUUCCAAAAUUUCGUUACGAAAUCUUGUAAAAUGCGGAUAUAUAGCCUUGCGAAGUUUGCCGUUUUUCAGUCAUUUUGUAUUACGCGGGGGAAAUUGACAGCCCACUACCCUUUGGGGCUGUCAAUUAGUGGGCUGUCAAUUUCCCGUUUGUAAUACAAAAUGGACUGAAAAACGGCAAACUUCGCAAGGCUAUAUUAUCCGCAUUUUACAACAUUUCGCAACGAAACUUUGGAAUAUUACUUACUAAUUUUGUGAUGCUCUUUCAAGCUGUGAUGAAAUUUUUGUCUAGACUUGUUGAGAUCAAAAUUUAGUCUAAGUAUAAGUAUAAGUAUAAUGCAAAUUGUCCAUUCACCUCCUAUUCUCUAAAGUAAUUCGUGCUGUAAAUUGUAUGUAAUGGUAAAUUCUCGCAACUGGCCUCUCUCGCAACCGGCCUCGCCAAAAUGCAUUGGAUUAUAUUUUCAUCAUACGACGUUGUUUAUAUAUUAAUCCUGAUGUGUAGGCGGCAGGAAUUUAGUAUUUUUAUGCUUCGAAGUUGAGUACGGGCACAUUUUACGACCACGUUAAACCGAAGUGGUGUGUUGCCGAUCACCAAAUUUUCUUCCAGUAACUUGGUUGCGACAACGAAAUAUUUUUGUAGUGUAAUUAUCGAAGGAAUUGCUUUUGUCCAGAAGACAACCAAGCUCGUUUAAUGUAAUAACACAGCCAGUUUCAUUGAUGCAUUUCCGCCAUGAAAGGAACUUCGUAAAUAAAUUAUUAAUUAGCGCAGACAAAACACCCACAAUAUCGCACAUUAUUUGUUCAGUUUCUUGAAUUUCGGUAGUAAAGUAGUGUGAUGCAUAUUGUGUAUCGCUGUAUAUCUAACCCUAACUCAAAUCUAACCCAAAUCUAACCCUAACUCAAUUAAUAUAAAAAAUCCAAAAGUGAAAACCUUGUGACACCGGAGUCUGAGACAGCACGCAAGGCCUUUUCUAUGCACCACAAGUUAAAAUAAGGCUUUUAUAGUGUUAUCUUUUUAUGUUUUCAGGAAAGUUUUGAAGGUCAAAUGACCGAGGAAAAUAUCGAAGUGGGUAUAUGUACUGCAUCAGGUUUCCGUCGUCUACCACCUGCCGAAGUUAAAGAUUAUCUUGCUUCAGUACUAUAG